CAAUCUAUACUUGAACGGAUCUGUGGAGGGCCGAUCCUCUAAAACAUCACCGGCUUUGCUUCCAACAUACUCGUUCAAUCGUGGUCACGCUCCUGAAACAAAAACUUUCGGAAAAGUUGGCGAAUCUAUUUGUUCGAAUAGUAUCGUGGUCGGCUCAUGAAGACUGGGCAUGGCUAUUUAUUCAAGGAGUUCUAAAAGUCAAUGACUUGGCGUUAUGUCCCUGAACGUGAAGUGGAGAAUGGCAUACGAUUUUGCAAGCUCAGUCUGUCGAUUGUGAAAUGCAUUUCUGAGAUUUGAGAUGCACGGCAAUGUAUUCUGGUUGAUCCCGAGGAUGUAUCGGUGACCACUGACUUGUGGAGUGAAACCAGUUGUUCUUGAGCAUCAGUUCGGUCGGAUGGGCUGAAAGCAGCUCCACCCACAUUUGUCCUUACUAGUCAUCAUGUUGGUUUACAUUCUCCUUCAAAUCUUAUUGGUGCUCCUCAAAGGCUUCAAUUUCGUGCUGAAACGGAUCUGUGGAUACUCUCUGCACUCCGGAUUGGUCAAAGACCAAGCCGCGAGUAAAGCCGAAUACGACAAAUGUGUGCAUCGCUGUCGGAUCCGAUUCCGAGCCAAACCGGUGGAGAAUUUAGUGGCUUGUCGGAACAAUUUUCUCCUUUCUCACUUAUCCUACGAAUGUCCAAGUGCAUUACUAGCCGACAAUGUCUCGUUAAUGGGGUUUACGCCGACCUCAGCAUUGUUUGCAGUGGUUCCCGAGGAUUUUGACGUGUACGAUUCCGAUCACGGUGCAUUCUUUUUCAUGGUACAAUUUAGUCAAGCAAUAGAGGUCCUAAGCAUUCCCUUGCACCAUUUCAUCCGGUUUGCCGAUGACCUUGGCGACCCCAAAGGCAAUGUGGUCCUCCUGUCUAAUACAGGGCGAUGCGGCUCUACCCUCCUUACCCGAAUGAUGGAAGGCGUCCCCAACACAAUUGCCCUCUCCGAACCCGACUUCAUUACCAACAUAGACCUGAGGCUCUUCUCAGUGCGAUCGCGCUUCAGAGUCACACAAGCCAACUAUCCUGAGUUCAUCCAGAAUAACCCGGACAAGCUUCUGGAAGCAGGGAUCCGAGUGCAAUGCAAACCAAUCAAAUUCCGGCAAGUCGACAACAUGAUUCUCAAAACUCGGAACGUGUCCGCCAGCUUGGCGGCCAAUGUGGCCAGAGUCUGCCCAUAUGUCCGCCAUGUCUUUAUGUAUCGGGCCCCCCGCAAGAACUUCACAUCCUACAUGUCCAUGGUGGGUGCGUUUCCGAGUAUUCUGAACAAUCUGUUCAUGCCAGAUGUGGUGGAAGUGAUGAUGAAUGUGGCCAGUCCUAUUCACACAAACUUUGAUGAUGUCAUCGAGCUUCUGAUCAAGGACGUUCGACGGGACUACAACCAUUUACGGUGUUGGGCCGAAGUAUGGUGCAUGCUCAUCCUGUGCUAUUUAGAGUAUACCAAUAAGGGGCUGGUGAAUUUCUUCCCGAUCGACUAUGACGAGUUGAUUCGUGCUCCCGAGAAGAAUCUCCGCGCUUUGCUCAGUCAUUGUCACAUGUCCCCGGAAAAUCUGGAGAAAUGUCUGCGAGCACUGAGUCGGGAUUCGCAGAAAGGUUGCAAUUUGAGUCAAGACAACUUAAGGAGUCGCAAAAGGGAGUUCACGGACAAACAAGAGAUCAUGCUCAAUGAGGUGAUGCGGAAAUUCAAUUUCCCGGACAUUGACUCUUGGAUUGACGUGUUCCAUUUGCCAACUAAUGAAAACAACAAUAACAACAAAAGUAAUAAUGUCAUCAUCUGUGAAAAGUGACUAGCUCAUUCAAGCAAGACCAGCUAGUCGGUCAGAAAUUGUUCAAAUGUCAUUCUUUGCAGCAUGUACCUUGUUUUCAUUCGUAUUGAUGUAAUUAUGAUCGUUAUUCAUUAUCAUUACAAUUGCCAUCAUCUCUGAUUCCUUUGACCUACAUGAAAGGUCAAAAGAAACUGACCAUUCAUUGUUACCUUUAUAUUUCGUAUUAAAUCAGCAAAAUGAACGACGGUUAAAAGUCCUUUCAUUUUCUGCUGCAUUGAAUAUCUCCUAGGCCGCUGAAAAAUGCAAAUAAAUGUAUUCGACAUUUCGGGGUCAUUUUAGUCCA